CCACACCAGGAUAGGAUCAGAUGUGGGGCAAAAAUACAGUUCAUCUUUGUGUGUGUCAUUGAUUUCCACUACGCUGUAGUCCGAUGACGACGCAGGGGAGCUAGGAACAUGACAAAGACUUAUUAUAAAUGACGCCACCCAGGGGUGGUACGAUUGAAGCGAUGAUUCAGAUGUAGUUGCGCAUAGAAGUUAUUUACCGUACUAUAGUUUGCAUUAAUCAUGGCAGUAAAACUUAUAGCACUGUCUGCUGGACAAUUUUGAGGGUGCCUCAAGGCAUGAAGUGUGCGAAACUUUUUUCUCUUUUUACGUAUGCAUAGAGUAGUUGUUACUAUCGUUUUGUUAAACAAAAAAUCUAACUAGUGUCGGUUUCCGCUUGCCCGGCUGUACAUGUUAACAUGUGUCAACAAUGAUCCCCAAAGGCAAACGGUAAACAACAAACACGAUGUCAUGUGAUGCCUAUUGUGUCUCUUGUAGUUGCUACGUACGUAUGCACAUAAUAUAGUGUGCGGAAUGUUGAGAAGUUGCUGCAGAUUCUGGGCAAGUGCUUCACAUUUAUAGCAGCUACAGCUUUGAACAAGGGGCCAACGUUUGGUCCCUUGUAGAGAGGUUGUCCCUAUCUCGGAGGUCACUAACGUAUGAGCAUGGGGUGAAAACAAGUGUCCCUUGUAGAGAGGUCAUCCCUAUCUCUGAGGUCCAAAUAAUACACUAAAGUGGGGUUGAAACAAGUAUCUAUUGUAGAGAGGUCGUCCCUAUCUCAGAGAGUCCCUUAUCGGAGGUCCCACUGAGUACUAUUCUAAGCCAAGUUUGCGUAUUGUAAUAGACAUGAGGCUGACUGGCCCUUGCCCCCUAUCUUGUCUUCUUUCACAGUGUUGGUUGCUUAUAGCGGUGCCUAAUCCCCAAUCUCACCUACUACAGUGUGAGUAAGAAAGAAAACGGUUCCAAAAUCGUUCAAUUCAUUCAGCAAAAAUGCUACCAUAACGCACGAAACGAACGGUGAUUACCGUUCUCUGGAAAGGAACUGCACGAUAAUGCAGGCUACAAUAAUGCCCCGUGUCUCUAUUAUGCAUAACACUAGGAUAUCUAGUAUCUACAGUGUGUUCAAUGAGUUCAGUUGCAGGACUGUUGUUGUACAGAGUGUGAACCGUGGAGAUGGAGAGCACACCUCUUAUGAAAGAUGAGCAACCUCCCCCACCAACCCAGCCUACCCGCCACAGGCUCCUCCAGGCUACCAGCAAGCUCCUUAUGCUCCUCCUCAGCAUCCUCCACCCUAUCCACCAGAGCAAGCUGGCUACCCACCCCAACAAGCUGGCUACCCACCCCAACAAGCUGGCUAUCCUCCGCAGCCACCAAUCGCAACCAGCAGGCACCACCACAGGCUCCUGCCACACACACAACUGUCAUCACACAGCCCGACGUGGUCACACGCACCAUGUACACCCCGGGACUCAGGACCUGCUCAUCGUCGGGCUCCUCUUCAUCCUCGGAUAUGCC